AUGCUCGAGAGCAUGCUCGUCCAUCCUCCACCCCUCAUCGCCGCCGCUUGUCUCUUUCUUUCGUGCAAGGUCCAAGAAACUCACAAGCGACUCAAGGAUAUUAUCUACUGGACCGUCAAAGUCCGAACACGGCGCACUGAGGACUUCCCAGACGGCAUGGAGCUGCACGAAAAUUCACCAGGCUAUUAUGAAGAAAAGAACAACAUCUUGGACAAGGAACGCGAAGUGCUGCGCGUUUUGAAUUUUGACCUCAACGUCGACCAUCCGUAUAGACAUCUGUGGACCCUCACCAAGUCGUAUCUGGGAAACGGGCCUAUGCAGAAGGCGGUCACACAAGCUGCGUGGAAUUUCCUUAAUGACUCCUUCCGCACUUAUUUACAUGUGAGUUACGACCCGAAAGAAAUCGCCUCCGCUGCAAUGUUCCUUUCUGCGAAGCUCCACCGACAACCUCUCCCGGAUGGCACCACAAAGGAUCCUGUUCAUGGAAAAAGAAUGCUCGCAUGGCACGAAUUCUUUCACGUGGAUCUUUAUAACAUCGAAGAAAUAUGCCGUGCUCUGCUUGAUAUGUACGAUCUCGAGGAUCGCAGAGUUGCCGCACUGAAAAACGGCCCCGGGGUGCUCGAGUCAUUGCCCGAUUCACAUCCAGCCGCAAAGCGGCGAAAAGUAGAAAACCACGUUGCGUCAUAGGCGUCGCCGAUCGUUCCAAGAACGUCUGUACAAGUCAGCGUGGCUGGCUGCCAAGAAUGAACAUACACCGGAUUUCGCACGCCGAGAACGGCUUCGCCCAGGGAUCCAGCUCUCGUAGAGGUUACGAAUAACUUCUUUUUCUAUAUAACUGAACGGGCUACGCAGCGUGGCUCUGGUGUCAGGUCGCUGUGACCAGCAAGAAAGAUGUGAGGUUGCACAUACCAAUACUUUCAUGAUCGCGUGCGUGCGAAGCUUGGUCCAUAGAACAUAUCAUGCUCUGGCAAGUCGUUUGCUACAAACGAGUCGGUUGCCACCAAACGAGGAGCUGUGCUAAUUUCUUUCUGUGGCUCCAGUUAAGGAGGUUGAGCAGAAAGCGUGGAAGUACUCGAUCACUUGGAAGAUGGACGUGGGUGCGACCCAUGCAUGAUGUGUACUCUCUAUCGAUAUACGGCCACCGUACAAAUGAUUCGCUAAGAGUAUCCCGUGAUAAGACAAGGCCAACGUAGUUACAUUAGCCAUCCGCUUGCUGUUGGACUAUGGACUUGCAUCUCUGCAAGCAAGACAGACUCCACUAGCCUCGCACACAAGUCGGGAACUCUGCCAGCAACCAAGUUACUUGUGACUUGUUAUCUAUGAAAGGGCCGUUGCCCUGUUUCAUUCCAUAUUUCGUGUUUUACAUAAGUAAAAGCCGCUGUUCGCGUGCGGAA